GCAAAACUAAGAAUCAAUGCUUCGUACAGAACAAACAUAAAGCAUAUAAAGCUCUCUUGAGUUUUUUUUUUUAAAUCUUUUUGUGAUUUCACAAUUCAAGAAAGCAAAUGGGAUCUAAAUUUCACGCUUUCAUGUUCCCAUGGUUUGCUUUUGGUCAUAUAACUCCGUAUCUGCAUCUGGCGAACAAACUAGCCGAGAAAGGUCACCGAGUCACUUUCUUGCUACCCAAGAAAGCUCAAAAGCACCUUGAGCAUCUCAAUCAUUUCCCACAAAACAUUGCCUUCCACCCUCUCACAAUCCCUCAUGUCAAUGGCCUCCCUCCUAGCGCCGAGACCACUUCAGACAUCCCCAUCUCGUUGGACAAGUUCUUGUCUGAAGCCAUGGAUCUCACACGUGGUCAGGUCGAAGCUGCGGUUCAAACUUUGAGACCUAACUUGAUCUUCUUCGAUUUUGCUCACUGGGUUACAGAACUAGCUAAAGACUAUAUGAUCAAGAGUGUAUGUUACAUCAUAUUAUCAGCGACCACUAUAGCUCAUACACUUGUCCCUGGUGGCGAACUAGGCCUUCCCCCUCCUGGUUAUCCUUCAACGAAGGUAAUGUACCGUGACAACGACGCUCACGCUUUAGCCACACUUUCCAUCUACUACAAAAGGGUUUAUCAUCAGAUCACUACUGGUCUUAAGAGCUGUGACAUUAUUUCAAUAAGGACAUGCAAAGAGAUAGAAGGUAAGUUCUGCGACUAUAUAGCGAGUCAAUACAAUAGGAAGGUUCUCUUGACCGGUCCAGUGCUCCCUGAGCUAGAAAAGGGUGAACCACUAGAAGAACAAUGGAUUCAUUUUCUGAACGGGUUCGGACCGGGGUCGGUAGUGUUUUUUGCACUUGGCAGCCAAAUCAUUCUUGAGAAGGAUCAGUUUCAAGAACUCUGUUUAGGGUUUGAGCUGUUAGGUUUACCGUUUCUUGUAGCGGUUAAGCCACCUAAAGGAGCUUCCACGAUUCAAGAAGCAUUACCUGAAGGGUUUGAAGAGCGUGUUAAGGGACGUGGAGUGGUGUGGGGAGGAUGGGUGCAGCAACCAUUGGUAUUGUCUCAUCCAUCAGUAGGAUGUUUUGUGAACCAUUGUGGGUUUGGGUCAAUGUGGGAGUCUCUGAUGAGUGAUUGUCAGAUAGUGUUGAUUCCAUUUUUGGGUGAUCAAGUUCUAAACACAAGAUUGAUGACUGAGGAACUUAAGGUCUCUGUAGAAGUGGUUAGGGAGAAAACAGGAUGGUUUUCGAAGGAGAGCUUGAGCGAUGCGGUUAGGUCUGUGAUGGAUAAAGACAGCAAACAUGGGAAGCUAGUGAGGAGGAACAAAGCUAAAUUGAAAGAUAUAUUGGUUAGUCCUGGACUAUUCACAAGUUAUGAGGAUAAAUUUGUAGAGGCAUUGCAAGAGUAUCUUGUUUGAUCAUGCAGUUUUUAUUUUAAUUUCGAUAUGAAUGGAAACAUCUGAAACAAAUGUAUUUAAAGUCUUCUCAUGAAUUUUAUGAACAUGUUUUCCAGAAUUUCAAACUUUCAACAAAAU